CGAAGAUUUUACGACUGAACAGUCUCUGUUAUCAGUAUUGACUUAAUUUAUCUUAUUACAAUUAUUACCUUACCUCCCGUCUGGCGCUUCUUCAGUUAUGGCUCUACCUGAAGUCACAAAUGCUAUCGAUGGCUCAACCAUAUCCCUUUCAGAGCUUGAGGAGAUACAAAAACGAUAUAAAAAUGAACGCGAAAAGCGACUUCGUGCCGAUGGCCGGGCACAAUUCGUCGAUUUUACAACAAUGGACAAAUUUGCAAAGGCUAUCCAUAAUGCGUGGCCAGAUCCAGUGUAUGACAACAUGACGCCUGGCAUUAAAGAUGGCUCACGAUGCGAGUUUCUAUUUGUUGGAGCCGGGUACGGGGCUCUUACUUCUGCAGUCCGAUUGUUGGACGCUGGGGUGGCUGCCGAGGAUAUUAGAUUUGUGGAUACGGCUGGGGGAUUUGGCGGGACCUGGUGGCUGAACCGUUAUCCCGGACUCAUGUGCGAUGUUGAGAGCUACAUGUAUAUGCCGUUGCUUGAGGAAACAGGCUAUAUGCCCAAACAUAAGUACUCCUACGGCCCCGAACUGCGAGCACAAGCAGAAAGGAUCGCAAAAAAAUGGGGACUUUUCAAGAAUGCCUUGUUCCGCGUUAAGGUUAUGUCUAUGACCUUUGAUGAGGAGAAAGGCGAGUGGGCUACUAAACUUCAAAGUCUUAGAGCCGGCGAAGAGGCUAAGCAAAUCACAGUCCGCUCUAGGUUUGCUUUCCUAGCCACUGGGGUGCAAAAUUGGCCCAAAAUCCCUGGGGUAUCUGGUGUCAACAGCUACAAGGGCCAUAUGUUUCACACCGCCGUCUGGGAUUACGAAUACACAGGAGGCUCAGAGCAGGAUCCGCACCUGACUAAUCUCAAAGACAAGAAAGUAGGCAUUAUUGGCACUGGUGCUACAGCUAUCCAGGCAGUACCCGAGCUAGCGAAAUGGGCGAAUAAACUCUACGUCUUUCAGCGUACCCCGUCUGCAGUAGACACCAGAGGGCAGCGUGCAACAGAUCCAGAGUGGUGGAAAACGUAUAGUUCUAAACAUGGGUGGCAGAAAGAGAGGAGGUUGAAUCACGGCAAGUUUACUCACGAUGAGUAUCCUCGACCGGUUGUGGAUUUGGUUAAUGACGAGUGGUCCACAUUUCCAAGCUACUCAGGGCUUAUUGGUGGUCCUAAUGCGCCUAUGUCGCCAGAAGAGAUUCCAAAAUAUGUGGAAAAGCUUCAAAAGAUGGAUCUCGUCCGCCAAAAGCGAUUGCGUGCCCGUGUCGAUGAGGUUAUCAAAGACAAAACCACCGCAGAAGCACUGAAGGCAUGGUACUCAGGUUGGUGUAAGCGCCCAUGCUUCCACGAUGACUAUCUUCCCAGCUUCAACAAGGAUAAUGUGACCCUGGUGAAUACGGAUGGAAGAGGCAUUGAAAAACUCACCGAAAAGGGCAUUGUUGCGAACGGUGAAGAAUAUGAUCUCGACCUCAUCAUCUGGAGCACUGGUUAUGAGCUUUACCUCCAAGAAAGUCCAGGCAAAAAAGCACGUAUCGACAUCACCGGUCGAAACGGCCGCAGUUUAGAUCAAAAGUGGGCUGACGGGAUUUCUACAUUAUAUGGGGUCCAGAGCAAUGGCUUUCCUAACUUGUUCUGGCUGGGUUUCGCACAAACUGGGGUGACUUCAAAUCAAACCUUUGUGGUGGAUGAGUUGAGCCAGCUUAUAUCUCGUCUCUUCAAAGCGAUGAUCAAUAAGGUUCAAGACGAAAAGCAGUCUCAGGAAUCUUCCAACAAAUAUCCGUUCGUCGUCGAGCCAACUGUUGAUGCGGAAGAGGCUUGGACUAAGGAAGUUCUGUCCCGUUCGGGUGCUCUAGCGACUCUCUCCCACUGCCCUCCCAGUUAUUUUAACGCUGAGGGAAAGGUUUCCGGAAUUGCUCAGAUGGAUGAAGCAACAAAAAUGAAAGCCGCUCGGGGUUCAACUUGGGGCACUGGGUUCAAUGAAUGGCUUGAGACUAUCGAUAAGUGGACUGCAAGAGAUAUUUUGUCAGGUUUCGAUUUCAAGGUUCCUAGGUUAUGAGUUGAAAUAUGUCUUAGUGAUUGUCUUCGCUCUAGCAAAUGGGUUAUUAUUAUUAUUAUUAUCAUUCUAUUGUAAUCUAUGUAGCUCGAGGCCAUGUAAGACUUUGCCCAUGGGCUGUUCUAUCUGCUUAUUUACAAUUUGGGAGUUUACAGUGUAUAGUGUACUUAUAGCACUUCGGCCUUUAUCUAGCUAAGCUAUUACUAACUUUCUAGAUGCUUAUUAUUAAGGAGCCGUUUAGUAAC